CGGAAAAUCUGAUCCAAUGGUUCAAAAGAAGAAAAAAAACAACCGCGGCUGGUACAUCGCCUCUCCUCGCCCCGCCCCGCCCGUCGCCGCCGUGUCCGCGAGUCGCGAGGGGAUCGCUCGUCGGCGCGAACUCGAAAAGCCCAGGACGGCAGGCACCGCAGAGCGCGUAGGGCCAACCGGAAACCUCAUUGGCUGGCAGCGGAACCUUUCGAUGCUCCGCUGAACCGGCGGAGGCGGCGGCGGUCGAUGCCGCGCGACUGGCUCGUUUCAAGUCGCCGUCGCAGAGAUGGCGCCGCGACGCGCUGGUGCUCAACAUCGGGAUCAGUCUUCAGGCCCGAAGAGAGACAACUUGCCAAGAUGACUGCUGGUUUCCAGCUUGGUGUGAUCGGAUCGCUGACGCUCUCAGUGGCAUCAUCGGUUGCCAUUGUCAUCUGCAACAAAGCUCUCAUCAGCACUCUUGGCUUCCCAUUUGCUACUACAUUAACAAGCUGGCAUCUCAUGGUGACCUUCUGCACCCUUCAUGUCGCACAACGUAUGCGCUUUUUUGAGCCAAAAGUGAUUGAUGGCCAAACUGUAAUCCUAUUUGGGUUGCUGAAUGGGACAUCAAUUGGCCUUUUGAACCUCAGUUUAGGAUUCAAUUCCAUCGGAUUCUACCAGAUGACAAAGCUGGCGAUCAUACCGUUCACAGUAAUGUUGGAGACUAUCUUCCUAAAGAAAAGAUUCAGUGAGAGUAUCAAGUUUUCUCUGCUGAUCCUGCUACUAGGAGUUGGCAUUGCUUCUGUUACUGACCUCAAGCUAAAUCUUCUUGGGUCAGUCCUUUCUGGCCUCGCCAUCGCCACAACUUGUGUCGGCCAAAUUCUCACCAAUACAAUACAGAAGAGAUUAAAGGUCUCUUCAACACAGCUCCUGUACCAAUCCGCGCCCUACCAAGCGGCAAUUCUCUUUGCAACCGGCCCCUUCGUGGAUCAUCUCCUCACCAACCGUAGCGUCUUUGCCCAUAAUUACUCCGCUCCAGUCGUGGGAUUUAUUGUCCUGUCCUGCUUGAUCGCCGUGUCUGUGAACUUCAGCACGUUCCUUGUGAUCGGGACGACGUCGCCGGUGACGUACCAGGUUCUGGGCCACCUCAAGACGUGCCUGGUCCUGUCGUUCGGCUACACCCUGCUGCAUGAUCCCUUCACCAUGAGGAACAUACUGGGCAUCCUCGUCGCCAUAUUCGGGAUGGCGCUCUACUCCUACUUCUCGGUCCGGGAGAGCAAGAAGAAGUCGGCAGGCGACCCGCUUCCGGUGUCACAGAUGCCAGAGAAGGAGGUCGAGCCGCUCAUGGCGACUAAUGAUGUCAACGGUGACACCAAGAAGGCAAACGGCGUGACGCACGACUGUUGAAAUACUCAUCUCGUUUAUUUUUUAGCAUUAGCGCAGCUUUAGCUGUGUAGUAGCACCGGCGCACAUAAGCCUACCCCCGUAUCUUGAAAUUCUGAAUGGCUGGGAAACCCGUUCCUUCCCAUUUUCUCGAUUUCUUUCUCUUUGUAGAAGCGGACAAGAAAAUAUACUCCGUAUAUAUACUAAUGCUCGAAAAAGGUCGUUCUGCCUCACUCAACUGCAGGCUGAGUUUGAUUUAGCUCCUUUAAUCGCAAGACUAGAUAAAUCAACUUCUUCAACUAAUGAACCGGUUUAUUUUGUCUUCUAGAUGGUUUCAACCUACGUAACAUGUUACGUAUGUCUUCAUUCGAAAUGACACCUGUGUGGAAGUACAAUCAACAAAAUAAAACAGUGGGAUUCACAUGUAAAUGAUCACCUUAUAUUCU